GUGGGCCUCUGUGUUUGGAGAGAUGAACUUCUAAAGACUGGAACACUUCCUCCUGUCCGGCCAGAAGAGAUUUCCUGACACCACAGCUGGAAACCCGUGUGCAUUUCAGUUCAGGAAAGAAUGCGCGGUUUUCCCUAUAUCCGGAACUCGCCCCUGCGCAUUCCAAUACCUGAAGCGACCACAGGGUACGGGACAUGGAGCCCUGCGACAGUAAGAGUCGCGGCGCUAGACAAAGCCUGAUAUCACUCCGCUUCCAGAAGCCGGAUCCCCAUAAACUACGCUCUAGCUCCUCCCACUGCCGAUGUGGGUAACCCGGACGAGGAAGAACCUCGUCUGCGGAGGAAAAGGUAGAUGUUAAAUGGUAACUACGCUCGAGGUUCUGAGGAGCCCUGGGAACAGGAAGAAGAAAAUAAUACCAAAAUUGACAACAGUUUGCCAAUCGCAGUCUUUAAUCUGAUAAAGCGGUUAUCUCGUCUUGAGUCCCAGGUGCCGGGUCAGUCUCCAUACACAGCCGCCGCCAUUGCCUCGAGUCCUUGUGUCUGACUGUCUGUUCCUGCUGCUGUAUGACACAGCACCUCGAGGCAAGGAAACAAGAAAACUGCCUCUGAUCCAAGCAGAGAAGGUAGAUCUGUCCCCAGGUCUGUGGAACUGUCAGUUGUGAAGUUUUGUAAAAUGAUCACCCAACUUAAAACUAGGAAAUUACGAAGAAGAGAAAAUUGCCCUGUAUCUGUUAAGGUUGGUGUAAAGGUACAGGGACGGGAGCAACUUCGACUAGAGAAUUCCAUCUCUUCUGUUUUGUCAUUUUACCAGUUAUGCCCAUCUGCCCCACCCCCUGCUGCUGCUGAUAUAGUUGGGAGUCUUGGUCUUCCUGUAGAUCUGCUGUAGGGCUUGUCACCAUUGGAAGCAAGGUCCUACUUCAGUGGCAGAUCUGGUGGCCUUGGAGUGGCUGAAGACCACCACCCUCUACAGGGCUGGGCCCAUGCACAGCCAUCCUUCCCUACCUUGAGUGAGCUUCCUCUGCAUGUUUUCUAUAUCACUGGCAGAGCCUGUAGUUGGAAAGGGGACAGAGUGACUACUGGACUUUGUAUGAAAACACCAACCGGGACAGACCUUCAGUCAAGGCUGAGACAGGGGUGGGGGUAUAUAACUUGUCCUUACCUUAAACUUGGAACAUGGUUGACUCUGGGACAGUAGCAAGGGCUAGAGGAAAGGCUAAGGCUGGCCUGCAAGAUGGAAUCAGUGGUCCUGCCACUGCUAGAGUGAGUGGUAAAACCCAGGCCAAGGCAGUGGCUGAGGCAGAACUGAAAACAGAAUCAGUGACCCAGGCCAAAGCCGAUGAUGGAGCAAUGACCAGGACACAUAAAGUGACCUACAGGGAGGCUAUGGCUGUGACAAGGGAAGUGAGCAAGAUGGAAGAUACAACUAAGAGUAGAGUCAUGGUUGAGACUAAUACAAAACCCCUGGCAGAACGCAGUAUAGUGCCACAAACCAAGUCAAAGGCCAUGCCUAUGUCUGGGGUCAGUGCUGUAACCAAAUCUGAAGUCAAGGUUGUUGCUGUCAUUGAGGCAAAUAUUAGGUCCUAUGCCAAGUCACAUGAUAAGGCCAAUACUGGGUCCAGACCUGACAGAAGGGAAGAGGCCAGCAUUGGGAUGAAAGCCAGUGAUGGGGAUGAAGAAAAUAUAUGCUCCUGGUUCUGGACUGGAGAAGAGUCUAGUGUAGGUUCUUGGUUCUGGCCUGAAGAAGAGACCUCUCUUCAAGUUUGUAAGCCCCUACCUAAGAUCCAGGAAAAGCCCAAGCCCGUACACAAACCCACACUUACUAUAAAACAAAAGGCAAUAGCAUGGUCAAGGGCCAGGUAUAUUGUCCUAGUUCCAAUUGAGGGAGGGGAGCAAUCCUUGCCUCCAGAAGGAAACUGGACCCUGGUUGAGACCUUGAUUGAAACUCCUCUGGGGAUUCGACCUUUGACCAAUAUCCCACCUUAUCAUGGGCCUUAUUACCAGACCUUAACUGAGAUAAAAAAACAGAUUAGGCAAAGGGAAAAGUAUGGGCCUAAUCCAAAGGCCUGCCACUGCAAAUCACGUGGCUUUAGUUUAGAGCCUAAAGAGUUUGAUAAACUUGUUGCCCUCCUUAAGUUAACCAAGGAUCCUUUCAUUCAUGAAAUAGCUACAAUGAUAAUGGGCAUCAGUCCUGCUUAUCCAUUUACUCAAGAUAUAAUUCAUGAUGUAGGUAUUACUGUUAUGAUUGAAAACUUAGUCAAUAAUGCCAAUGUUAAAGAACACCCUAGAGCUUUAAGUAUGGUGGAUGAUGGCUCUGAGUCUUCUGAAGAACCAAAAUCAGGGGAGUCCUAUAUACAUCAAGUUUGUAAAGACAUAGUCUCUUGCCCCUUGAACUCCCCUGUGCAGCUGGCUGGACUGAAAUUACUAGGGCACUUGAGUGUAAAAUUUGAAGAUCACUAUGUGAUUACCAGUUAUAUUCCAGAUUUCCUCACCUUGUUAAACAAGGGAAGUGUCAAAACCAAGUUUUAUGUUUUAAAAGUGUUUUCGUGUUUGUCUAAAAAUUGUGCCAAUACAAGAGAAUUGAUUAGUGCCAAAGUACUGUCAUCAUUGGUUGCACCCUUUAACAAGCAUGAGUCAAAGGCCAAUAUUCUUAAUAUUAUUGAAAUAUUUGAGAAUAUAAAUUUUCAGUUCAAAACAAAGGUGAAGCUAUUUACCAAAGAAAAGUUCACUAAAUCUGAGCUUAUUUCAAUAUUCCAGGAAGCAAAACAGUUUGGUCGGAAACUCCAAGACUUAGCAGAGCACAGUGAUCCUGAAGUGAGAGAUAAAGUCAUAAGAUUAAUACUCAAACUCUGAAUACCCCUCUGUUCUCAUAAAGCCUCAAACAGUUUUUUGGAGUUGCAAUAUGAAACUAAUGCAUAUUAUAAUUAUAAAUUCAAUACUCAUGUUUUCCAUGUUGAUUGAGGGAGGCAAUUUUAUGGAUACCAAUUAAUCUUGAGAUCCUGAACAUGUGCUGAUUUUUAUUGUGCUAUAUAAUAUAAGUUGAGAUAUUUUUAGUAUUUCUGCAACGUGACAUGAUAAUCUAUUCAUCCUGAGUAAGCUAUACUUCUGUGCUUUAUAUUGAUAUAAGUGUAUUCUUUUGAGAUUUUAUUUACAUGUUGUUAAUAAAGUUGCAUGCUAAAACUGGUGAAAA